UCGGCCAGUCCGCGUCAAAACGGCGGACGGUACGCACGGUUGUGGUGUGUCCGUUCUAUAAGUGGUUACCAGUUAUUUUCGUGUCGUGUUUAUUAUUAAUUUUGAUCUGAAGAUAAAGGAUUUUGUCCUCUACAUUCGGUACAAAUGAGAAUGCGAGGGCCGAAAAAAUAUUCACGUUGAAUUAAAUAUUUUGGCGGUGUUUUUAUAACAAGAAAUAUAUAAAAAAUGUCUACAACAGUGGAGAAUGGAAUCAAUGGCGCAGAGGAAGGCCGCGGGACGACUUAUUUUUUUUCCAGAAGUAGGUCGAGCGCGUCGCUAUGGCAACGGGCGAGCCUUUUCUUUUCUAUAUACUGGAAGAGUCUGCUGGUUGUGUUCACGCCAAUAGUACUGUUGCCUAUACCUAUACUGAAUCAUGGAACGCAAUACAGGUGUAUGUACGUGGUGCUGAUUAUGGCGACAUACUGGGUGCUGGAACUGCUGCCGCUGCCCGUCACCUCAAUGUUACCAAUCGUCCUGUUCCCAACGAUGGGCAUCCUAGACUCGGACAAGACCUGCGCUUCCUACAUGAAGGAGACCAACAUGAUGUUCAUGGGUGGUCUGAUGAUUGCUGCUGGUGUGCAGCAUUCCAAAUUGCCGAAGAGAGUCGCCCUCUGGACUGUGCAGGUGGUUGGCUGUUCUCAUAGAAGACUGAAUUUCGGCCUAACAUUCGUUACCAUGUUCAUAUCAAUGUGGGUGUCCAACGCUGCAGCUACCACCAUGAUGGUGCCCAUCGUGGAGGCUAUACUAGAAGUACUUGAACAGCAAGGACUUGGUGAUGUAUACAUUAAUAGAAAGAAGAACGCCACACCAGAGAACGGGAAAGAUGUCAAAGCAGUGAAAGGUGAAGAGGAGGCCCCGAUACCGAGUAACAUAACGAUCUGCUACUUCCUGAGCAUCGCGUACGCGUCCACGCUGGGCGGCUGCGGCACUCUCGUCGGCACUGCUACCAACUCCGCCUUCAAAGGGAUAUUUGAUUCCGAGUUCCCUCAGUAUUCCGGCUCUGUGAACUUCUUCUGGUUCAUGGUGUACAGCAUGCCGCCCAUGCUGCUCAUGCAGUUGCUGGUCUGGCUCGCGCUCCAGGUCACGUUCAUGGGCAUGUUCCGGCCAAACAGCGAAGCGGCGAAGCAGGUGAACAUGGCAUCAUCAGGCUCACAGACCACCAUGAAAGUGAUCACGGAGCAAUACAGGAACCUGGGGCCCACUACAUUCCAUGAAAAGUCGUCAGGCCUGCUAUUCCUCCUGGCCGUAUUCCUGUACAUCUUCAGGAAGCCCGGCUUCAUUCCUGGAUGGGCCGAUGUCAUGACCAACUUGAAAGUGAAGGACGGCGUCACUUCCAUGUUCAUUGUGGUGCUUAUGUUCAUCAUACCCAUGUCGGUGGACUUCAUCAAGUUCUUCUCGUCGUCAUCAUCCUACGAAGAGCUCGCGGCUUCGAAACCGUCUCCCGGCAUCGUGACCUGGGCGAUCCUUAAGGAUAAGGUGCCAUGGGGACUGCUUUUCUUGCUUGGUGGUGGUUUCGCGCUUGCUGAGGGCAGCAAGGCGACCGGGCUGUCGUCGAUGAUCGGCGGCUCGCUGGUGAGCCUCCACGGGCUGCCACCCGCGCUGGUGCUCCUCGUCGUGGUGCUCGUCACGCAGCUCAUCACCGAGUUCACCUCCAAUGUCGCCAUCGCCAACCUCAUACUGCCCGUCCUCGCCAAUAUGUCGCGGUCCCUGGGCAUGGACCCGCGCUACCUGAUGGUGCCGGCGACAUUGGCGUGUUCUAUGGCCUUCCACAUGCCGGUCGGCACCCCACCCAACGCCAUCGUCGCAGGCGUCGCCCACAUACCCACCGCUAAGAUGGCCAUCGGCGGCAUCGGGCCCAAAAUCAUCACGACCCUGAUCGUGUGGGGGGCGUACCCGACGUGGGGUAGCUAUAUCUUCUCCCCGUUGGAAAACGCCGACGUGUCCCAAGUGUCUGCUGUGGCUAAGAACGUUACAUUGAACUGUAAUAUCACGGCGCAGGCAUUGACCGCAGCUAGAAACUUCACGUGUGGACUACCCAAGGGAGUGAACGCCACUAGUGGACUGGUAUCUUGUAGUUAUAGUUUAUUUAGAGGUUAAUUUGUACAGUUAAACCGUUGUUGGCGAAAAACUGCGCGGAAUUUUAAGUGUCGUUUGCUUGAGUACCAUCUGUCCCAUGUGUUACAGCUGUGAAGCAGCUGUGUUUGCAUGACUAUGUGCACGGUUUGGGGGUUGAGAUAUGGCAGAGAAAUUACAGGGUCCAGAGGCAUAACACAUAAGGCCUCAGGUAUGGCAACAUAUGAAUAGUAUCACGGGCGACACAGUAUACUCUGUUAUGUCCAUGGUACUGUUCGUUCGUAUAGGCGACGGUUAACACUUUCCAUAAGGUGGGCCGUCAGCUUGUUCGCCAUUCUAAGCAGUUAUCGAAAGCGUGGCUACCGAUUUAAUUGAUUGUGUAUAUUUAUUUUAGUUAGUAAAUGGGAGGCAAAUGGUCUAUUAUUGGGCAUAAUAUUAUGUUAUUAAUUUUCACACUUUCGCGUUUCAUAUUUUACGUUUUUUAAGAGACAGGAAUUAACGCCCUUAUUGUUUCUUGUCCGUUGUUCUUGACUGAAAUAAUACUGUGCCUCCUAUGCUACACAAUAUAUAUUCAACAAUAUUGUAUCGGGCCUUGUUUUGUUUUAAACAUUUAUACAAUUUAUUUUUAUUUGAAUAAUAAAGUGCUGUGAAAUAAUAUAUAUAUAUAUAUAUGUAUACCUUAUUUACAUUAUGAAAUUAUCAUAUAAAUUAUAUAUAACAAAUUUCUCAAAUUUAAACAUUACAUAUAAUUUUUUUAAUUUCAAAGUGAGUUUAUUACUCCUACGAAACAGCUUCGUGUUUUGUUUGGAUUUAUUAAGUUUUAAGCUAUUAAGUAAUUUUCUAUGUAAAUUUGGGCUUACGUGCAUAUCUUUGAUGAAGGAAUAAUUAAAAAAUAUAGACCUUUAGAAAUGAUAUUACAAUUUUUUUUCAAACAUAUAAUAGUACUGUAUGGGGCAAAAAUAUUAUAAUUAAUUCGUGUUGUUUUUCGCUAACAAUAGGAUGGUAGAUUAAUAAAAGCUAUUAGUAUUCUAGUAUGCGAGUAUUGGAGUGGUGACUUUGUACAAGCAAAUGUGGUGUGAAGCGAUAACACCUUAUGUACGUACUAAAUCGACGAUGGUGAACAAAUGCACUCUUUUUACACAUAAAGUGUGAUAUGAGGGCAAUUUUUGUCGUUCACACUUUUUAGUUACCUUAAUAUUGCCGCACCGGGCAAUUGCCCGGUACAGUCCCUAGAUCAGACUCAGCAUAUCAGGUGCAUGAUAAGAAUAAACAAUAAAUAUAGCGGCUUUAAAUUGUAAAAAAAAAAUGUCAAAAUUAUUUUACAUUACAAAUUAUUAAUUUUUUAUAGCGGGCAACACAUAUCCAAUACUCGACGUUUACUAGAAUACUAAUAGGAAAAUAUGUAGUGAGUACAUACAAUGAGCCGUUCCAUGUAUUUAGUGACUGAUCCGGAUGGCUAGUGUUCAGUAGUGCCAAUAAAAAAAAAAAAUUAUUUAUUUUUAUAAUUUGCCUUAAUGCAUUUCGCGGUAUCAUUCUGUCGGUAUUUCGGUCGUUCAUCACAGAAAAGUCCAGGUUGUCUGUGAGAGAUUGCUUGUAGCGAUAAAGCCGCCUUUUGUAUAUGCACAUUCUGUAUAAAUACUCCUUGUAUACAUCUCUAUUGUGCGCAAUAAAGAGUUUAUUAUUAUUAUUAUUAAAAAAUAUCAGUGCCUUAAACAAUUGAAAAAUAACAUAGAUAACAAAUCACAGGGUGAAAUUAGGAUUAAAAACAAUUUUUGGUACUUUAUAGCAGUGGUUUUCAGUGUGAGUCGUGACCCCCCUGGGGGUCCCUAAUCGACUACAAGGGAGUUGCGGAAUGUCGCAAAACUGAAAAAAUCAAUUUUACAAAAAAAAUCCUGUCUGUUUUAGAUGUUUCAUGUAUUUUUUAUUUAUUUAUUUAAUUGAUACCUAAUUAUGAGUAUAAAAAAGAAUUAAAAACCAGGUCAAUUAGCCCAUUGGAAUUCAGCACGAUGGUUUCCAGGGGGGACCAAGUGGAGGUCGACCUGCUAGGGUAUAUUGUUAGCAAUAGGACUGGUAGUCCGUAUUACUAAUAAUCCCUUCCCCCCAAUAUAAAAUAUUUUUACAUACUAACGGGGUUGCGCCUUGAAAAAGAAUUGAAAAACACUGCUGUGUAGUGACACCACGCGUCCAGCUGUCAAGUUAGUAUGGGAAGCUAUGAUUUUAUGUAGUUUUAUAUAUAUUUAUAUAAUAUAUAAAUAUUCAGCUUUCCACAACCACUAGCUUAUUAAAAAGUUGGUAAUUAUUCUUAAUUGUCUCUGUACAUUUAAUGAGAUAUGACCGUCAAGUUGCUUCAGUACUGUGAUUUGAGAUCUUCACAUUAAAAUGGUAGACGAGCGAGUGAUGACUCUGGUGUUGCGAGCGUUCAUAGGCCGCGGUGGGCGCAUACCAUCAGGCGGGCCGUAUGCUUCGAUUCGAAAGUGCUUCAAAUAUAGUAGUAAUUUUAGAACAAGCUUCUAAGAUAAUAAUUCAGUCGUUUAAAAUAUACUGGUAUAUUUAAUUUGUUUUUGAUCAUCAUCAUCAUCAGGUCGUCACGCCAUCUAGUGGGGGGGUUGCCCUUCACUGCGUUUGCCAUUACAAUGUUUUUGAUGUUUUAUAUAUAUAUUUUUUCUUAAACGUUAUUUUAGUUACAUAUUGCGAUCUAAAUACCGAUUUAUAGCAUUUACAAUAAUGUCUCACUGGUCCAUUGCAAUCUACAGACUCGAGUUAGACCGACGUUACCAAAAAUUUUAUUAAGUGAAAAUAAAAAUCAACAGGUUUGUUUAAAAACAUUUUUAACAACAUGCUUUUAUAAUGUAAUCCGCCAUCUUGUGGUGGCAGCCAUUUUGAAAUGUUGUCAUUUAUACCGCCAUUAUGAGCUCUUUCAUUUGACACUUCAAAAAAGGUAUAUUAAAGUUUCUUCAGGGUCGGCAACGCGUACGUGACACCCCUAGUGUUGCAGGUGUCCAUAGGCUACAGUGACCGUUUAUCACCUUUGAGAUAUUGAAAUUGUUUAUAUCAGUGGAUUAACGCGGAGGGGCGGGUGGACGGAAGAGAUGGCCUUUGUGUAUUUUUUAAAUGCAUUUAAUGCGAUAUGGUUACGUCAUAUCAGUCUGCAUUUUGCCCACCAGUGGGACAUUUAAAUACUUUACACACGCGACCCACCGACAGAAAAGAGAACAUAUUGCCAAAUGAUAUAUAUUUAUAUAUUGCAAUACAUAAUGUAUUUUGUAAAUAUGUCAGCGGGGAAAGUGGGCGAGGAUUUAUUUUUUAUAUAAUACGAAUUAUUUAUAAGUUUUCGAGUGUAUGUGUCAAUCGUCGACAGGACCUCUAACAUGUCUUAUAUUAAAUUAUAUUUAUAUAACAAUAUAUGGACCAAAAGGGUCCACAAUUGAAGUUGAAAUGUUAUCUACUAAUCACAUUAUGGAAUGCAAUAAGAAAUAAAUAAAUAAAUAGCUAUUUGUCCACUACUUCGCAAGCGUGCAUUUUAGAAGUAGGUUGACCAAUGACAGAUCGCUUCUAGAUGGCGUGUCAAGAUAAAACACGCCAGUUUCUAAAUUAGAACUUUAGGGAUGCAACUGUGAAAAUUGCAUCAAAUUUGGUGUAAACGUACUCUAUAUGGGAUAUAGGCUAAUUUAUAUCCCGGUUAAUAAAUAUAUCCCAGUCACGUGGACGAAGUCGCGGGUAGAAACUAGUAAUAGAUAAAAUAAGCUAUUUGUUUAUACAAUAAUUUGAUAUUAUUGACAGUUGAUGAAGUUGAUGUACAUAAGACGUUUUGAGUUACUUUGAUGUCAACGAUUGCCACGUUUAUCUCUCAAAAACUGUUAGUUAAUAUUCCUAGUUAUAAUUCGGUUUAGGUUUAGCUGAGCGAAUUGUUUUCGUGAGCUGUGAUCGAGUAAAGGAUGAGUGCGUAUUAUGUUAUAAUAUUAAUAUACUAAAUGAAAAAGUUCAAAUAAUUCUAUGUGCUGUAAUAUCUUUGAUUGUAUAGGUAGAGCGUCAAGUGUUACAGGAGAUGACGUUUAGUCAGUCAAAAUGUCAAAUUGGCUGACACAUUGUUUUUUUUUUGUGGCAAUGCAAUACGAACGCAUUUUUUUUUCAGUGUUGCAAGUGAUUAAAAUUUUCCCAGUUCGUGGCGAUUUUUAAAUUGGUAUUGGAAACUAUUUUUCUGAUAUAAUAUAAAUGUGUGUAUUAAUGUACACGUGUUAAUUGAAACGGCGGCCAUUUGCAUUUAUUACAAAAAAAGUGUAUUGUAUUUAUUUUUUAAUUUAAUCUUACAAUAUACUUUCUCCUGUAUACUUGGUAAAUAAAUGUACAUUAUGGUAACCCUGUUCACGCAGCAUGGAUAAAAAAAGUUGACCUGUUUGUAAAGACACUCUAUCUAUAUAAUCUAACAUCCUUGUUCAUAAAACCAUCAAACCUCCUAUAAACCUAUUUUAGAUAUUGAACUGUUUUCUCUCUUUCUUUUACACUAAAGUUCCAUUUCGAAAGAAUGACAAAACAGUAUAAUAGGUAAAAUAAGAUAUUGUACAAGGUUUUAGUUUUUAUGAAUAAGGGGCUAACUAUAAUAUUUAUAGUUUGAUAUAUAUUAUAAUUUAUAGGUACUUAUGUAAAGAAGUCAAAAAGAAAAUGUUCUGUUUUUAUAAAAAAAAAAAUCGACUAAUGCCAAUCGAUAAUUUCAUAUGUUGGGUGUACUGUCACAACAUAUCCGACUGGUAUGGGCGGAAUGUCCGGAAAAAAUAUAUAAUAUAUAUAUAUAUAUAUAUAUAUAUAUAUAUAUAUAUAUAUAUAUAUAUAUAUAUAUAUAUAUAUAUAUAUAUAUAUAUAUAUAUAUAUCUCUAAUACUAUUGGACAUCAGCAGACUGUCUUAAGGUCGGGUCGAGUAUUCGCUUGCUUAUACUUUUUAUUCAAUUCUUUUAAAACAUCUUAAUGUACCGUGCAUUCGAGUGUACACCAAGCUAAUAAGUGCCUUAUGUAAGCGUUGUUUAAAGUCAGAUUUCGUCCUUCCACAUUGGACUGAAUUUUGAUACAUUAGACAUUUUCGAAGAAACUCCGUGGUGUGUGUAUUUUUUUGGAAUAUUUUUUUUUUAGUAUUUUUGCCAAAAUGUCUUGUAAAUAAAGUGACACAAUUUUAUGUCAUAAUAUAUGUCAAUAAUAAAAUAUACUUUGCUUUUUUGGAUGUAUGUAAAAUUUUGUAAUUUUUUACAUACUAUAUCUGUAUAUAUAUGUAUUCAUAAAAAAAACAUCAAAUCUCUUAUAAAACUAUUUUAACCUAUUGACAUGUGUUGUCCUUGUCUUUUACCCUAAUUUCUUAGUCUGAUAGACAGUGACAAAAUACUGUAAUAGUUAAAAUAGGUUUGUAGGACUGUAACCGUACAAUUUUUAAGGUGCACCUUUAUAUAAUACUUAGUAUAUGAUUUGAUAUAACAUUUGUAUUGCAUUUCGUACCUACGCAUUACGUAAUAAAGUGCAAAAUACGAUUAUAUUAGUUUUUAUAUUGUAACGUUGGUGAAAAUAUAAGUUUUUGUAUAGCAUUCGGCGCCAAAGUUGAAGUUGGUGAAUUCAAUUUCGAUAUUGCUUGGGUUAAGAAAUAUUACAAUGGGAAACACAUAACUGAGGCCUAUAAAAUCAAAGACAGCUAAAUCCAAAGCUGGCAAAUGUUCAGGAAACUAAAAAAAACAAUAUUUCGUCAAGGAUAUGGAACGAUAUUCUAUAUUUUAAACCGAAUUGAAGAAAAUUAGAAUAUUAGUAAUAAUUUGAAUUUAAUUAAUAGAACUGAACCAAAAAAAAACUACAUUUUGUAUACUAGUCUAACUAUAUAUAUAUAUAUAUAUAUAUAUAUUCAUGUACAGGCAUUAUCGAGUUACAAUAUAUAUAUAUAUAUAUAUAUGAUUCUAUACAACAGUAAAAUAUGUCUUUGUGGAUUAAAUACCUAAAUGAAGAAUAUUAUUACGUACUUGUUCAUGGUAGACGUACAAUAAAAUAGAAAAUGAGAUCUGUGAUAAAAUCAUUAUUGUAAAUGUUUAAAACUUGUAAUAUAUUGCGCAUUUUGUGUUUUUUCUGAGAAUCUUCUUGAUCUGUGACAAUUUUGUUUAUUGUAGUUAUAAUCUUACCCCCUUAUUCAUAAGAACUAAAACCGUCUACAAGCCUUUUUAACUGUUGAACUGUUUUGUCUCUUUCUUUCACACUAAAUUCUCAAUUUGAAAGAAAGUGACAAAUAGUGUAAUGUUUAAAAUUAGUUUUUACGAAUAAGAUAGUAUGAUUGUAGUACAGUUAUUGCGCAGAAGCAAUUUUGGCGCCGAAAUUUGUUUAUAAAUAAAAAAAAAAAUAGAUAUCUACUAUUUGUAGGGGGUUUUAUAAUUAAUAAAUUUGUGACAAGAAUGCUUUAUUCGUAUGAUGGUACUUGGGUUUAAAUAUUUAAAUUAUUGUAAUGUAUCCAAAAACAUAAUACAGAAAGCGAGGUUUUUUAGUGUUCUGAAAAAAAUUAUGAAAUAUUCAUGCAGCAAAUGGAAUAAUUAUUGAGUAUAUACAAGUGUACACGUGAACAACAAAAUUUGUUUUAAUCGAUUAAUUUUCCAAACUUUAUAGUUGACAAGAUUUGGGCCUCUUUUAAGGAAUCUAUGUAUAUAAAGAGAUAUACAUAUAUUUUUUAUAUUGAAAUUAUAUUAUUUUUGCGAAAUUAAACAAAAUCCGGUAAUACCGGUAUAUAUAUAUAUAUAUAUAUAUAUAUAUAUAUAUAUAUAUAUAUAUAUAUAUAUAUAUAUAUAUAUAUAUAUAUAUAUAUAUAUAUAUAUAUAUAUAUAUAUAUAUAUAUAUAUGUUUUUAAUUUUAAUUGUAUAUUUCUCGAAUAUUAUCAACUUGUAGAUUUUCUGGAAAAAAAAAAUAUUGUUUAUAUGCAUGUAACGUAACUAUGUUUUUUGCAAAUAAUCUGAGUUUUUUUUAUAAAAUUUAUUAUAAAUAAUAAUUUAUUUAAUAUUAAAAAUGUAAUACAAUGUAUCAUCAUCAUCAUCAUCAUCACCAUAACUGCCUUUACUGUUCACUGUUGAACAUAAACCUCCCCCUUGGGUUUUGCCAGUAGUUGCCACGUCUGGCAGGCGAAUUGGCAACCGCAGUUAGGCUUUAAAGAUGUUUUAAGAGGGACGCUGCUGUCCAUCCUUCAUCCUCCCUUAGUCGCCUCUUACGACACCCACGGGAUGAGAAGGGGUGGCCUAUUCUAUGCAGGUACCAUACAGCCAUGAAAGCAAAGCGUGGUAUUGAUCCAUGGACCUCCUAAUACAUUUUAUACCAGUUAUAAAUUAAAAUCAUGUAUGUAUGGUUUAAAUAGAAUUGCCCUAUUUUGUGUAUAUGUAUAUCAAAUGUGAUAUAUAUAUAUAUAUUUUAGUGCUAUGUUAUAUGUUUGUCGCAAAUCUAUCUGUAUGUGCUCAUAUUGUAAAUAUACCGGAUUAGAGGACGUAUUGUUGUUAUUUAAAAUAAAAUGUGUUAAAUCAA